UGGCAAAAUUUCGUGGGCAAAUAAGGCGGGUACUAAAUUUCACUCCCACCCUUUAUUUUCAUUUCCCCCCAUUUAUUUUUCUUUUGGUGUUUAUUAGUUUUCUCUUUCAACAAUAGCUCUUUCCACCCAAAAACUUCACCCAAAAUUCGUACUCCACCAAAAUCAUUCGAUUGCUUCAUGAAAAUUCAACUGAUUCACCGUGCAUAGCUUCGAAUAGUAGCGGAAAAUUGUAGAAUCGCUUCUUCCAGGAGACCAUGAAAAGAAAACGCAAGAAUUCAGCUCAAGCACUGUUGGAAAGUUUAAGAGGACAGCAAGCUGAUAAUAAUAGCCCAACUUCUCAAAAUCUGCAGCAACAAAUUAGUGGUGAUCAAUUUGAUGCCCAACAUGAGAAUGAGAACAUAGAAACCCCUACACUCAGUGAUGACAACUUAAAUUCUUCGUUAAUCUCUAAUGAAGCUAACUCACAGCAGAAAGAGAAAGAGGAGCCCUUACUUGUCAAUAUCAGAGAUAUUUCGACUGGAGAAAUUACAACUCAAAAGAUGCAAGCAGAUCGAGUUUGGAACUUGGAAAAAAAUAAAAAAAAUUAUGGUGGAACUCAACGGGGAUGGACAAGGAAGUGAUAAUGGUUCAAACUUGCUUGUUAGAUUUCUUGGCAAACUUUCUCAAAAGUCAAUAAUUUGUCCAAUAUCAGUUGAGAGAUGGGAUGGAAUGCCAGACGCGAAAAAUCGCCUACAGUGGCAGCUUAUUGAGGAGAAUUUUGAGUUUGAUUAUGUUGUUGGAAUUAAAUGGGUGAUGCAUACUUUACGCGAUAGAUGGAGGGCCUAUAAAUAUACAUUAAGAAAUAAAACCUUCUACCCUAACAAAAGUAAGGAAGAGAUACUUGCUAAUCCUCCGGAAUACGUGGAUUCUAUUGAGUGGGCUGCUUUUGUGCAUCACUAUCAAGAAGAGAAGAUGAAGAAACAAAGUGAACAAAAUACAAGAAAUCGAAGUAAACUUAAAGUCCCGCAUGCCGAUGGUAGCAAAAGCAAUGCAAGGAGAGGUCGUCAAAUGGAGAAAAAACAUGGAAGGCCUGUGUGCCGAAGUGAGGUUAUUUUGUCAACUUUAAUGAAAAAGAAUGGCAACUAUGUGAAUGAAGAAGGGAAGAUUAUAGCUGAUAAAAUAUCGGAGCAUCUAUCUCAAGAUCAAGAACAUGCUGCCACUUUAGGUGUUCCGUUGAAGAUAUUGGCUCAUCCUAAUGAUGCUAUUGGAAAAGUAUAUGGAGCUGAACAUUCUGGUCGUGUGCGUGGUUUGGGUGGUAAUAUUUGCCCCUCGACUGCUUUUGGAAUGCCUAAACAUUCAUUAGUCAUGCGAAUCUUGGUGGUUCUAGUAAUAUGUCUCAUCUACGUGUUGAAGACCUAGAGAAGCAUGUAGGAACCUUGAAAGAGAAGCUCAUUGGAUAUGAAGAGACCAAAGAAAAACUUGAGGAUACCAAGGAACAACUUGUGGAGACCAAGGAACGGCUUGCGCAAAAUGAGAAUCACUUGGCAACUCUUCAUAGGUUUUUACAAGCUAAAUUUGGUAGUGAGUUGCCUAGUUUCAACUUAGAUUCUUCUUAGCCUUUUGUGCAUAGUAUGUUUUUGAACCACUAAAUAUGUAGUGUACAUAACAUUUUGUAUUUCCAUUACACUAGUAAUUGUGGUGGCUUUUUUGUCUAUUCAACGCUUGAAACUUAUGUUUAAUUUGAGAUAUAUGAUAAGUAGAACAUUGAAACUUUGAUCUUGUGUAUUAUGCCCAAUGUAUUAGUGAAUGCUUAUCAUUAUGUAUUGAUACCAGGAAAAUGUAGGGAAAUAAUUCUAUUUAAAAAAAAAAAAAACUGAGCACAUUUGCCACGGUUCAACCGUGGCUAAAAAGUAUAACUGAAUUUGUAUACUACUUACAUUAUCCCUUAAAUUAGCCACGGUUCUCGUGUGGGUAAUUAAAAAUUCCAAAUAUAUUUUCAUUUUUCUGCUGCAAAAUUUAGCCAUGGUUGGACCGUGGCUAAAGAUAAAAUAAACCGUGGCCAAAUAAAGGUUACCACGGACGCAAAAACCGUGGCUAAUGCGCGAGCGACGCCCCUGAUGGGCACGCUUGUA